ACACCGCGCCGGGGGGUGGGCGUGGUAAGCAGUGUGAUCGCGCGCCCGGCCAUUUUUUCAGCUUCUCGUGUUUGAUCUCCCAAAUCUUGUAGGUCAAGCCAGUAUUUUGGAUGCGUGUUCACCUGCUGUUUUUGUCCCCUUUUCCAGUUCUAGACAAACAUCUGAGCCAUGGCCUACCCGCCUCCUGCAGGACCACCUAUGGGCGUUGAUCCUCUGUGGGGAUUCUUCUCAGCAGUCGCUGGAGCAGAUGGACAGAUAGAUGCGGAAGAGUUGCAGCGUUGCCUCACUAGCUCUGGUUUCAGUGGGUCCUACCAGCCGUUCAGCAAGGAGACGUGUCGCGUCAUGAUCGCCAUGCUGGACCGCGACUACAGCGGGAAGAUGGGCUUCAAUGAGUUCAAGGAGCUCUGGGGUGCACUCAACCAGUGGAGGGAUACUUUCUACCGAUUUGACAGCGAUCGAUCUGGCAAUAUCGACGCUCGGGAGCUGCAACAAACACUCACCGCAUUUGGCUACAACUUGAGCCCCCAGGCAAUCGGUGCCAUCGUGAGGCACUUUGCCACUGACGGGAAAAUUGUUUUCGACAGCUUUGUGGCCUGCUGUGUGAGGCUCCGGGUCCUGACCACUUCUUUCCAGCAGAGGGACACCAUGAGAAACGGAAGCGCCACCUUCCGAUACGAUGACUUCAUCCAGGUUGUCAUGGGGAUCUGAGCUCUGGUCUUCGUAGUCAUGGAGACGUGUUUAUAGCUUACAAGACAUUGCCGUAGUGUACAUUUACAUUUUGUACUUUUACUCUGAAGGUUUUCUACAGAAUUGUAAAUUCACAAGUUUCUGUUUCGGAUGGGGGAUGGAGCUCUCCCUACAGGAGUGGUAAACCCGUUUUCUGCAGGUUUAAUCAUUAAAGUUUUGUCAAGCCAACCAACAAAUUUUACUUCUCCUUCUGCAUCAAAAUCACAACACACUGUAAA